AUGACUGGAAGGAAGGAAGCACGUGAAGGUGGACGCGGAGGCGGACGCGGUGAGGCGUCCCGUCAGUCGCGUCGAGGACAAGGGCUGCCGCCGGCGGAGCACAAGGCCCUGGACGACGUUCUCCGGGAGGCUCGGAAGGCUGGUGCUGAGAAGCGCAAGGUGGCCCUGGAAGGGAAGAAGAAGGCGUCGGCGGCCGUUCAAGAUCAAGCGGCCCCGGAGUCCUCCGUUCUGGAUGCGCACCAAGCAAACCAGGAUGAGGCUCCGGAGGCGGACUCGACCGAGUCUGUGCCGGCCGGCACCAAAUGUGUCCCAGACCCGGCGACGGGACUGGAUGAGGGUGAGUCCGCACAGGAUGAUGAACCCGCCCAGGCGUCUGUGGGAGGCGCCGAUGAGGUUGAGCCCCCGGCUGAGGAUCGAGUUUCGGACUCUCCCCAGCCGGAUGACGAAGUCGAGAUUCUGGAUGAAGCCCCGACGAUCAAGCACGAAGGCCCGCUGUCGACUGUCCAAGAAGACGGCGUACUGAACGAC